UGAUGAAGGCCUCUCUCUCUCUCUCUCUCUCUCUUGCUAGCUUCUACAUUUCCAAUGCUGUUAAAACGUUAGCUUUCUCCUCCUUCCCUACCCUUUCUGUGAUUGCCGACAAGUUUUCAGGUACAUCUAGCCGGAAUCUCGUCGGGAAAUAAAGAACCAAUCAAGUGGAGUAUUGUAUUGAAGCUCAAAUUAGUCCCUGAAGGGGUUGUUUAAGUGGGUUUGGUGAAUUGGAGGGAAGGUGAACGAAUGUUAAAAAUGUGCAAGCCGGAUAACUCUGUUAAAGAGUGGGAGGUGAAAGUGAAGCUUUUUGGAGAUGGAAAGGUUGAAAAGUUGAAGAAUUCAAUGGUUUCAAGGUCUCCAAUGAAGCUAUGGAUUUUAAGGGCAAUCACAACUGCCCUGCUAUGGACUUGUGUGGUACAUUUGAUGGCACUGGGAGAGAUGUGGGGGCCAAGAUUGUUGAAGGGUUGGCCUUCUUGUUUUGGUCGUUCUGAAGUCGAGAUAUCUUCUGUUCCUGCCAAAGUUCUUCUUCCUCCUAAGAGGGUUUAUAAGAAUAAUGGGUAUCUAAUGGUUUCCUGCAAUGGUGGACUCAACCAAAUGCGAGCAGCAAUAUGUGACAUGGUUGCCAUUGCUAGAUAUCUUAAUGUAACUCUCGUUGUCCCUGAGUUGGAUAAAACCUCAUUCUGGAAUGAUCCAAGUGAGUUCCAAGACAUAUUUGAUGUUGAUCAUUUCAUCUCUUCCUUGAGAGAUGAGGUUCGUAUAUUGAAAGAGCUGCCGCCUAGGUUAAAACGACGAGUUGAAUUGGGAAUGUUCUACUCAUUGCCACCAAUUAGUUGGUCAAACAUAUCUUACUACCACCAUCAGAUUCUACCUUUGGUGCAAAAGUACAAAGUUGUACAUCUCAAUAAAACUGAUGCUCGUCUUGCUAACAAUGGCCUACCCCUUGAGAUUCAAAAGUUGCGUUGCCACGUAAAUUUUAAUGCUCUGAAGUUUACAUCACAGAUAGAGGAACUGGGUAGAAGGGUUGUCAGGAUUUUAAGGGAGAAAGGCCCGUACCUGGUCCUUCAUCUCAGAUAUGAAAUGGAUAUGUUGGCUUUCUCUGGCUGCACCAAAGGUUGCAGCAGUGAAGAGGUUGAGGAACUGACAAGAAUGAGGUACGCAUAUCCCUGGUGGAAGGAAAAAGUUAUAAAUUCUGAAAUGAAAAGGAAGGAAGGUCUGUGUCCUUUGACACCUGAGGAAACUGCUAUUGUACUGAGUGCACUGGGCAUUGAUCGUAAUGUUCAAAUUUAUAUUGCUGCUGGAGAAAUUUAUGGUGGAGAGAAAAGAAUGAAGAGUUUGGCAGCAACAUUCCCUAAUUUGCAGGUUAGGAAAGAAACUCUUCUGGGACCAUCAGAUUUGAUGUUUUUCCAGAACCACUCAUCCCAAAUGGCAGCAUUGGAUUAUCUCGUAUCGCUGGAGGGCGACAUGUUUGUUCCUACAUAUGAUGGCAACAUGGCUAAAGUUGUCGAAGGCCAUCGCAGAUUUUUAGGAUUCAAGAAGACUAUUUCACUGGACAGAAAGCUUCUAGUUGGUUUAAUAGAUCAAUACAAAGAGGGAUCAUUGAGUUGGGAUGAGUUCUCUACCACUGUGAAGGAAGUUCAUGCUGAUCGGAUGGGAAGUCCAAAAAUGAGAGUUGUAAUACCCGAAAAACCAAAGGAAGAAGAUUAUUUCUAUGCCAAUCCAUGUGAGUGUUUGCAACUGGUAGAUGAACCAUUGAGUGACACAUGAACCUAGUCAUGCCGACGAGAUGGUUAACCAUAUACUCCUUACCAGAAGAACAUAGCCUCAUUUUUCAGAUGGAGGCUUAAGUACAGAAUAUUUGGGUUCUGUUUGUGAAGUAGAGCUUGGAAGAACUACUGGCCUCGGCCUGGAUCUUCUUGAGCAGCAUAACCAAACUAUUUAUUACUAUUUAUUUUUGAAUAAACGAGAAUAUGUAUAGAGUGGGAAAAUGUAACAAGUUAGCUGGUAUGUAAAGAAGGAUACUAGAAAAUUUUCCCAGGUGGGGAGAUUUAAGUGUUACUGUGUAAUCCUUCUCCACAUUACCUUCACAUUGUUAUGAUUUUUUCAGCAUCAAAUGUAUAAUGAAACAUUUAGGCUUCUCUC